UGCGGAGGGAGCUGCAUUUCUUCCACCUCAGGCACACGUCGGCGAUGUCGGGCAGGCGGUCGCGCGGCUCCGUGUCCGAGGAGGAGAUCAACGAGCUCAUCUCCAAGCUCCAGUCCCUGCUCCCCACCGCUCGCCGCCGCGGCGGCAGCAGUAGCAGCAGCAGCCAGGCUUCGACGGCGAAGAUGCUCAAGGAGACAUGCAGCUACAUCAAGACCCUGAACCGGGAAGUGGAGGACCUCAGCGACCGUCUCACCGACCUCAUGGCCACCAUGGACCAAAACAGCCCCGCCGCCGAGAUCAUCCGCAGCCUCCUCCGCUAACCAGCUAUACCCACUGCUCAUCAUCACCUCGUGCUGAUUGUCCUAAGCUAUAUUAUAGUAAUAUAGAUCACCCAACAUAUUGUCACCCCGCUACACAGCUCGUGCUUCCACUAGCUAGCUACGUACUAAGUAGUAGUAUAUGCAUACGAAGGAGGACAUGGUAUGUAUGUGUCCGUCGAUCUCUGCACUACAUACAUAU